AUGGCUUUGAGGAACCACAGCACCAUCACACAGUUCAUCCUCCUUGGUCUGUCUGCUGAUACCCAAGUCCAAGCUCUGCUCUUUGUGCUCUUCCUAGGAAUUUACUUCAUGACUCUGAUGGGGAAUUUUAUGAUGCUGUUUGUGAUCAGGGUUGAUUCUCAACUCCACACACCCAUGUAUUUCUUCCUAAGUCAUCUCUCUUUUCUGGACCUUUGUUUCUCUUCAGUCACUUUGCCCAAGCUUCUGGAGAACUUGCUGUCUAAAAGGAAAACCAUCUCACUUGAGGGCUGCCUGACUCAGGCUUUCUUUUUGUUCGAUAUUGGAGGAACAGAAAUCAUCCUACUCACUGUCAUGGCCUAUGAUCGUUACACUGCCAUCUGUUACCCUUUGUUAUAUAACCAGAUGAUGAGCCACCAGUUGUGUGAAAAAUUGCUAUGUGUUUCAUGGAGUGUAGGGUUUUUGGAUGCAGUUAUCAACAUUCCACCAGUUAUGAAACUGAAUUUCUGUGAAGCCAAUACAAUCCCCCACUAUAGCUGUGAGCUGCCCUCUUUCUUCUCUUUGUCAUGCUCUGAUGUGUCCAAUAACAUCAUUGUCCUCGGCAUCUCUGUACUUUUGCAUGGUUUUGGUACGUUCUUCCUGAUUGUAUUCUCCUACACCCGCAUUGUCUCCACCAUCCUGAGUAUCAGCUCCAACGCUGGCAGAAGCAAGGCCUUCUCCACUUGCUUCUCCCAUCUCACUGCAGUGAGCUUCUUCUAUGGAUCUGCUUCACUUCGCUAUCUCAUGCCAACAUCAGGCUCCCCUUUGGAGUUGAUCUUCUCUAUUCAAUAUGGUGUGGUCACUCCUCUAGUAAAUCCUCUGAUCUACAGCCUGAAAAAUAAGGAUGUGAAGGCUGCUGUGAAAAGAACAUUGGUGAAAUGUUUGCCAUGGCACAGAUAG